UUAUUCAAUUUUUGUGUUUUUUUGUAGAGCUGAAUUGACUUUACAACAAAGGAUACUCCGAGAUAACAGCGAUCCUUUCCAGCUACCCACUGCAACAUUUAUAAAACUUUUUAGGUUUAAUAAAGAUGUUGCAAGGAUCAUCAUUAACAUGAUUAGUCCACAUAUGCAAGAAGGGCAAAGAAUAACUGUGAUUCCUAAAGAUUCUAGCAACGUUGCACUUUUAUGGCAGUGGAAGCUAUCAGUUAUCCUCUGGGCAAGGAUACAAUUUUGCUUUAAGUCAACCAAGCAUGAGCCGUUGUAUUGAUGAAGUCACGGAAGUAAUAUAUGGUCACAUAACACCAAACUGGAUCAAAUUUCCGAAUAGUGAGCAUUCCAGAAAUACUGUGUCUAAUGGUUUCAGAAGGAGGUAUAACUUUCCACAAUGUUUGGGGGCCAUAGAUUGCACGCAUAUUGCAAUUAUAUCACCUCCAGAAAACUACCCGGCCCUUCCAUAUUAUUGUAGGAAAGGGUACUAUAGUAUAAAUUGCCAAAUUGUUGUAGAUAGCAAGUACAACAUUUUAAACAUGAAUGCUCGUUUUCCUGGAUCUACCCACGAUUCCGCUAUUUGGCAAGCCUCCAAUAUAAAAACAAUAAUGGAAAAUUUGUAUAUUGGAGGUGCUAAUUAUUUUCUUAUUGGGGAUUCUGGUUACCCUUUACAACCAUUUUUAUUAACACCAUUUGAGAAUCCCCAAGAAAAUACUCCGGAAAGUAACUACAACUACCACUUCAUAAGAAGUAGGAAUGUGGUUGAAAAACUUAAUGGGGUGCUGAAAUCGAGAUUUCGAUGUUUAUUAAAGCACCGUGCUUUAAAUUAUAACCCAAUAAAAGCGGGAAAAAUUAUUUAUAGUUGUGGUGCUCUACAUAAUAUAGCAAAUUUUUAUAAAGAUGAGGUUCCUGAAGAAGGUGAUGAUGUAGAACCAGAUAACGAAAAUGAUAUCGAUAUAAUUGAAAAUAGACCAGUUGACCAUAAUUGGUACAGACGAGGGGAGCAAAUUAGAGCUGGAAUUGUGCAACAAUAUUUUAAUAUUUUAUAGUAGGUUUAUAUAGGUAGGUACACAGUGAGCACAUAAAGGUUGGAAUAAAUUCAUUAUUUCGUAAACCGAUGACUUUAGGAAAAAAUCCCGAAACAGGUCGAUUUUUACUUUUAAAUUAUGAUUUUUUGGCAUAUACAUCAUGCUAGUGAUGUGAUCCAUCUGGGCGUGAUGACGUAAUAAGAUGGAUGACGUCACUAGUACGAUAUAUAUGCCAAAAAAUCAUAAUUUGAAAAUAAAAAUUGACUUGUUUCGGGAUUUUUUCUUAAAGUCACCGGUUUACGAAAUAAUGAAUUUAUUCCAACCUUUACGUGCUCUCUGUAUAUAAACAAUUUUAUGUAGGUGUAUAUAGUUUGAUGUAGGUAUAUAUAGUUUUACAUAGGUAUAUUAUAAUUUUAUGUAGGUUUAUGAUAUAAAUUUUUUCAAUGGUAGUAUGGCAGAGAACAGUAUUGCUAUUGCCAACUUACUUUCUAAGAACAUCCAUAUCAACAAGUUAAUAUUGUAGAUAUACAUUUAAUUUUUUCUUUUAGAAAUUUAUGAUGAAAUUUUUUCACUUAAAGAUAAAUUUAACUGUCGUGCUGAUAAUGUUCCUUGACUAUAUACCAACAGGACAUUAUUUCAGCUUUUGAGAAGAAGGUUGUAGUAUAUUAUACUAAUUUUUCUUUCUUUUGUCAUCUUUGGUAGUGUGAAUAAUGAUCUUUUACUUCAUAAAUUUCAACUGUAUGGACUUACAUCUUCUUACUUAAAGGUUGCUGGUCAUCUGAGUAAACAGGUUCAAUGCGUGAAUAUAGAAUACGGUGUUUCAUCUGCUAUAUCUAUUUUGUCUGGUGCCCUCAAUGGUCUCAUUUGGGAUCUUUACUCUUCAACCUAUUCAUUAAUGAAAUACUUUUAAUAUUUAAGCAUGCCUAAAUUUUUAGUCUUUGCUGAUGAUCUUAACUGUAUAUAGAGACAACCAGUCUAGCUGCUUGUUUUAAAUUACAGGUAGAUUGAAACUCCUAGAGCUCUGAUUCCAAUGCAUUAUCCUUGAAUUUGAAUAAAUUGUUUCAAUAUAACCUUUCUAGGUCAUGUGAUUCUUUAUUUGACUCGUAUGCAGCAUCUCAUUUUAUGCAUCAUCUGUUUGGUCACCUUGUUACCAGUUUAAAAAGCAGGCAGAAAAGGUUUUUAAAAAUUGAUGUUACAGAGUCAAGAUCUAAACCUCAUUUAGGCUAAGGGUCAAUAUUCUAUAUUGACAUGUAUCACAUAUUUGUAUAUGAGGUUUUGAAUGGUCUUAUGGAUUGUUCUUAUAUUCUGGAAUUGCUUGGUCCAAGGGUGUGAAAUUUAUGCACAAGGAACAGGUUGUUUCAGAUGGCAUUUCGUGCUUAAAACUAUGUGUAUAAUAUAGUCCUUUAGCUAGACUUCACAGAAGUGGAAAUUAAUUCUAUGUUUCACAUUAUUCAACUGCUUAUAGCUUCUCCCGUCAUUAAUUUGUAUUUUUAUGAUUUUGGUAGAGAAUAAGCCACAAUUUUAAUUUGAAAUUAAGUUUAUUGAUGUUUCGAUUUCCACUUCCAAAAUUGUUAUCAAAAUACAAAACAUUAAUAAAUUAAACACUCUGUUUUUUGUUGCUUGGUAAAAAAUUCUUCUGCUAAUUUAUUUUUAUCUGACUUGCUCAUAUUGUCAAUUCAGACAUAUAUUAUUCAUUUUAAAGUAGAUGACAGAGUUAGAAAUCAGGAGGUCUUAUCGACUACACUGUUAUUCAGAGCUGCUGUCAAUAAAGUCACUAUAGCGACAUGAUAUCCAACAAUCUAUAACGAUCAUGGAACUACAAGAAAAAAUAGAUGACUGACUUACUUAAAAGAUAGUUUAUUCAAACUAAAAUUGUGGCUUAUUUCCAACUAAACUAGUAAUUUGUAUAAGAUGCUACAAAAAAUAGCUUCAGAACAAUGGGUGGAAUGCAUAAAACGUACUACCUGCUAAUACUUCAAGUAUGUAUUACAUUUUUGAAGAUUUUACUACACUUACAAAGCAUUACUAUACUAACAAAUGCUUUGUAAGUGUAGUAAAAUCUUCAAAAGUGUAGUACAUACUUGAAGCAUUAGCAGGUUCUACGUUUUAUGCAUUCCACCCAAUAUGUAUUUUUAAAAUUAGUAUAGGUUGUAUUAAUAUUCAGUUAACUGUAAAAAAUUGUUAUAACAUACAUAAAAGGGUUUUGCUGUCAAAUAAAUUAAAUUAAUAUAUUUUGUUUUAUAA